AUGUCCCCACCAUCCAUCUGGCCUCACCUCCAUGUCCCCACCAUCCAUCUGGCCUCACCUCCAUGUCCACACCAUCCGUCUGGCCUCACCUCCAUGUCCCCACCAUCCACCUGGCCUCACCUCCAUGUCCCCACCAUCCGUCUGGCCUCACCUCCAUGUCCCCACCAUCCGUCUGGCCUCACCUCCAUGUCCCCACAAUCCGUCUGGCCUCACCUCCAUGUCCCCACCAUCCGUCUGGCCUCACCUCCAUGUCCCCACCAUCCUUCUGGCCUCACCUCCAUGUCCCCACCAUCCAUCCGGCCUCACCUCCAUGUCCCCACCAUCCGUCUGGCCUCACCUCCAUUUCCCCACCAUCCGUCCGGCCUCACCUCCAUGUCCCCACCAUCCGUCUGGCCUCACCUCCAUGUCCCCACCAUCCGUCUGGCCUCACCUCCAUGUCCCCACCAUCCGUCUGGCCUCACCUCCAUGUCCCCACCAUCCAUCUGGCCUCACCUCCAUGUCCCCACCAUCCGUCUGGCCUCACCUCCAUGUCCCCACCAUCCGUCUGGCCUCACCUCCAUGUCCCCACCAUCCAUCUGGCCUCACCUCCAUGUCCCCACCAUCCGUCUGGCCUCACCUCCAUGUCCCCACCAUCCGUCUGGCCUCACCUCCAUGUCCCCACCAUCCAUCUGGCCUCACCUCCAUGUCCCCACCAUCCGUCUGGCCUCACCUCCAUGUCCCCACCAUCCAUCUGGCCUCACCUCCAUGUCCCCACCAUCCAUCUGGCCUCACCUCCAUGUCCCCACCAUCCAUCUGGCCUCACCUCCAUGUCCCCACCAUCCGUCUGGCCUCACCUCCAUGUCCCCACCAUCCGUCUGGCCUCACCUCCAUGUCCCCACCAUCCGUCUGGCCUCACCUCCAUGUCCAGUGUUUGGUCUGAAGGUGGUGAAGAUCGACUCUAAGAACCACGUCUACAUCCUCAUCACCAAACUGGAGCAGCUAGAGGGAGAAUCUUUCAACAUGUAG